ACUGUCAUCGUUUAUCUCACGGAAACACAUUGGAGUUGUUCCAGCAUAUUUGUGCUGUUGCGACACAACAACAACGCUAUGGCUUCUAACGUCUGCUCCCGCUUGUUGCACUCACACAGGAGUGUGACACGUUUCGGGAAACUAUGGACUAAAAGCGUAGCAGCGAAUAUACUGCGACUUUUCUCAAGUGCAACGCAUACAAAAAGUGAACUUGGGAAUUCUACUUUGGCUCCACCGGACGUCAGCACUUCUGCGAAAACGGGAACAAGACUGGAGAGGAUGCGAGAGCACAAUGUUCCCUUUUCAUCAUUUCUGACAGACAAUUUUGGCCGGAGACACAGCUAUUUGCGCAUCUCCCUGACUGAGAAAUGCAACCUGCGCUGUCAGUAUUGUAUGCCAGAGGAAGGUGUGAAACUGACACCACGAGGCCAAUUGCUGUCCACCUUAGAGGUGCUGACUCUAGCACGCCUUUUUGUCAAAGAGGGCGUGGAGAAGAUUCGCCUUACUGGAGGAGAACCGCUCAUCAGACCUGAUUUCCUGGAUAUAAUUGCAGAGCUGAAGAAGUUGGAGGGUCUAAAGACCAUUGCGGUGACAACAAAUGGCAUAAACCUGGCCAGACUUUUGCCUCCAUUGAAAGAUGCAGGCCUUAACCUGAUCAACAUCAGUUUGGAUACGCUCGUACCUGCUAAGUUUGAGUUCAUUGUCAGGCGAAAAGGGUUCCACAAGGUCAUGGAAGGCAUUGAAAAAGCCGUUGAGAUGGGCUACAACCCAGUCAAGGUCAACUGUGUGGUCAUGCGAGGCCUCAAUGAAGAUGAGCUGCUGAAUUUUGUAGCUCUGACCGAGACAAAGCCUCUGGAAGUGCGUUUCAUUGAAUACAUGCCAUUCGAUGGCAACAAAUGGAACUUCAAGAAGAUGGUGAGCUACCAGGAGAUGUUGGAUCACAUCAGGCAGCAGUGGCCUGACCUAGAAAUGCUUCAAACUGGACACACUGACACUGCCAAGACAUUUAAGGUGCCUGGCUUCAAAGGGCAGGUUGGAUUCAUCACCUCCAUGUCUGAUCAUUUCUGUGGCUCCUGUAACCGUUUACGCAUCACUGCAGACGGCAACCUCAAGGUGUGUUUGUUCGGUAACUCGGAGGUGUCGCUCCGAGAUGUGUUGCGCUCUGGAGCGUCUGAGGAAGAGCUGCUGCAAAUCAUCGGCGCUGCUGUGGGCAGGAAGAAGAAACAACAUGCAGGCAUGUUCAAUAUCUCCCAAAUGAAGAACAGACCUAUGAUCCUCAUCGAUAGAACGAUGGUCCUGAACAGAGAGAACCUUAUGUGCCUUCAAGAUGUUACUGCUUCAGCACAGGCAGCACACCAUUGCUGCUUUAGAAACUUAAUGAGUGAAGGCUACUAUCUUAAUGGCAAGAAAGACACCCCACAUGAAACUGAGCACUUAAUUAAUGCAGAAGACCACUUGGAUGAGUUUAGUGGUGGUCAAUCUUCCCCCGUUAUUUACUUUAGCACUUUGAGUUACACAACCCGAACUUAUGUGAGUUUUGGGUGCUUAACCACUUUGAAGAGACGAUUACUAAUGAAUACCAAAGUAAACUGUACACAACUUAGCGUGGGACAAUAUCACAAUUACACUUCCAGCCAAGACCUCCAACUCACAACCUCUCAAUCCACAAGUGAUGCAAGCAGCCCUCACCUAGAUGAUACACCAGAAGCCCAACUGACGCACACAGAUGCCCAAGGCCGAGCAAACAUGGUGAAUGUUGGUCGCAAAGUCCCCACACAGCGAGUAGCCACAGCCCGCGCUACCGUGCUUUUGGGACCCAGUGCUUUUGGACUCCUGCAGGAUAACCAGCUGGCUAAGGGCGACGCUCUUGCCGUGGCCCAGUUGGCCGGCAUCAUGGGCUCGAAACAGACCUCAACUCUCAUCCCACUGUGUCACCCUCUCCCUUUAGAGCACACCUCGGUCACCCUGGACCUGGACGGGCUGCGGAACACCGUGGUUAUUACGGCAACGUGUCGCACCACUGGCAGGACGGGAGUCGAGAUGGAGGCUUUGACUGCAGUUUCUGUAGCAGCGCUGACUGUAUAUGACAUGUGCAAGGCUGUGAGUCAAGACAUUAUCAUCACUGACAUCAAACUGCUGAGUAAGACUGGCGGGAAGAAGGACUUUCAGCGACCAUAACCUUGAAUUAUAAAAUUGCACACGACAAUGAUAGUGCUGUAAUGCCUGGUUCACACCAAUGGCGCUUGCCGCGCUUUAAAGCGGCGAGCAAAGCGCCGUCAUUUUUGUCAAUUUUUCCACGAAUAUCCCGAUCUCUGAAGUAAUGUUAUGCUCUGAUACGCUCUGAUACGAAUUAGUUGCCGCUUUGUUACCGUUCCUCACGCUUUGAUCCCGCUUUAUUACGCUUUAAAUCACGCUUUGAUACGCUUUAUUACGCUUUAUUGAACUUUAUUACGCUUUGAUGCGAUCCUGACGCUUUAAAUCAGGCUCUGACACGAUUAUCAAGCUCUGUUGUGCAUUGUUACAACAAAAAUAAGAAAAAAAUUUGAAAAACUCAGUAUACUGUUUUCCACACAUUUUUUAUAUUCAUUUAUUUUUUCAAUUUCUCUUUUUUUUUCGUUAUAUUAUGUUUUAUAUCUUCAUUUCUUUUAUUUUUGUCAUCUUAAUAAAUAGCUAUCUUUCAUUUCUUAUGCUAGUUGAAAAUAAUAAAAGGCAAUUAUCCACACAUUUUUUAUAUUCAUUUAUUUUUUAAAUGUCUCUUUUUUUUCGUUAUAUUAUGUUUUAUAUCUUCAUUUCUUUUAUUUUUGUCAUCUUAAUAAAUAUCUAUCUUUCAUUUCUUAUGCUAGUUGAAAAUAAUAAAAGGCAAUUAUCCACAUAUUUUUUAUAUUAAUUUAUUUUUUCAAUUUCUCUUUUUUUCCCGUUAUAUUAUGUUUUAUAUCUUCAUUUCUUUUAUUUUUGUCAUCUUAAUAAAUAUCUAUCUUUCAUUUCUUAUGCUAGUUGAAAAUAAUAAAAGGCAAUUAUUCACACAUUUUUUAUAUUAAUUUAUUUUUUCAAUUUCUCUUUUUUUUCGUUAUAUUAUGUUUUAUCUUCAUUUCUUUUAUUUUUGUCAUCUUAAUAAAUAUCUAUCUUUCAUUUCUUAUGCUAGUUGAAAAUAAUAAAAGGCAAUUAUCCACACAUUUUUUAUAUUAAUUUAUUUUUUCAAUUUCUCUUUUUUUUCCGUUAUAUUAUGUUUUAUAUCUUCAUUUCUUUUAUUUUUGUCAUCUUAAUAAAUAUCUAUCUUUCAUUUCUUAUGCUAGUUGAAAAUAAUAAAAGGCAUUUCUUUUAUAAAACGUAACAUAUUCUCUUUAUUAUUAACAUUUUCAUACAGAAAAAUUAUAGACAGUAAUGUCAAACUGCAACAUCAAACAGCAAACUCUAACAGAAGUACAGAAACAAUGAUCAUCGUAUAAAAAAGGCAAUGAUGCAAAAGAGAAUGGAUUUGUAAUCCUGUGUUGGUUUUACAUAAAAGUUUCAAUGUCACUAGUUAAUAUCACAGUCACUUCCUAUUUGUAGGGGUCCGCGCUUUGAACCAAGAUCUGUUAAGCUUUCCUACGCUUUUAGUCAAGUUUUGCUGAGCUUUGUCACGCUUUUUCACACUUUCAUACGCUCUCGGCGCUUUAUUCCAUUCUUGACAGAGCGCAGAAUUUUUUUAAACCGUUUAAAAAAUUUUGGCGAACUUGCCGCAUGUCCCGCUUCACUACAAGCUUUCCCACGAUCCAUUAGGACCCUCACGCUUUAAUCAGGCUUUGUUACGCUAUAACGCCGCUUUGCAUGCCGCUUUAAAGCGCCGUCAAAGCGCCGUUGGUGUGAACCUAGCAUAAGUUACUUAUCAAGGUGACAGAGUGGGAAUCUCUGGUACUGCUAUAAACUGGUUCAAGUCCUAGCUUGAGAACACAACAUACUUUUGUUGUAAUUGGUAACCUGUGUCUCAGACCAAAUGGCUGUUCCACACAGGUCAAUCCUGGGACCCCUAUUGUUCAAUUUGUACAUGCUGCCAUUAGGCCAGCUAAUACUCAGCUACAGUGUGUCGUACCACAACUAUGCAGAUGACUCUGAUCUUUGUGUCACUGAUGGGAAGAGAACAUUGGCCUGUUGAUUCACUUUGUCACAGCAUCAAACUGAUAAGUGUGUGGAUGAAAAAUAAUUUUCUUCAGCUAAAUUCAGACCUAACUGAAAUCAUUGUCUGUGGCCCACAGAAGCAGAUAGAAAAUGUUAUUGUCACAUUUAGAUCCCCUUGCUGAAAAUGUAUUUAGGUUAGAAAUCUAGAGCGAUAACAGCCUCAGACUUGACAUAAAAUCAAUAUUGUGAGCAGUGUUUUACUACCUAAAAGAUGUUGCCAAAAUCAGAAGUGUCUAAAUGAGAAAAGACUAAUCCAUGCAUUAGUCUUCAGCAGGCUGGACUGGUGUUAUGGUAUCACUCCGCUCUCUAAACAAGCUAUAAAGCAGCGCAUCCAAAAUGCUGCUGCUUGAGCACUGACUAGAACCAGGAAAUACAACCAUAUUAGUCCAGUGCACUGGCUUCCUGAUGCUCAGAGAAAAUACUUUAUAAAACAGCUCUGCUUCUCUACACAUACUUGUGUGGUCUUGUGCCUAAGUACAUCUCUGACGUGUUAGAGCCAUUUGAACCAUCUCUGAGAAGCUUGGGGAGUUGAGUUAAGUUGAGUUUGACUUUAUUUUGAACAUGCAAGCAUACACAUGAUACAUCACACUUUCAAGUUUCUCUUUUCAACAUGUUCGAAAAGGAGUAGGAAGAAGCAGAGCUUAUUUAAUCCUACCCCUUUUGUUUUACAUAACAGUUGCUAAAACUUUUGUUCACUUUUGUUCUCAAUUUAUUCACAAUAUACUCCAUAUGUAAUCACAAUAUAAAUAAAUAAUAAUUGGUGAAGUAAGUCAUAUUACAUAUAAUGAGAGGGAGUGAUCUCCUGCUGCUGCCUGGAGUCAGGACGGCAUAUGGUCAGGCUGCUUUUCAGUUUUAUCCUUCUAAAAUGUGGAAACAGCGAUUCAGAGGAUGUGAGACAAACAUUACUUUGGAAAUUUUUAAAUCAAUUAUUCAUGAUUAUUUUUAUGAUUUUAUCUGCCUUGCAAUCUGUAAUGCACUUUUAAUUGCCUUGCGUACGUAUUAUGCUCUAUAAAUAAAUACAUUUGCCUUGGCUAUCUUUGAAUCUAUGCCAUACUUGCCAACCUU